ACAGCUGGGGCGCUGCUGCGGGUCGGUGCUCGCCGCGUAUCCGGCGGCGCGGGCUGGCGGGGCAGGGGGAGUAUGAGGCCGGCGCGGACGGGGCGCAGCGGGGCCCGGCAACAGAGCUCCCUGCGGUGAGGCGCGGCAGGCAGCAGCGGAGCCGGGAUGGCUCGCGCCGGGGCUGCGGCGGAGGCGCUGCCCGGAGACUGGCCCCGGGAGGCGGCGGCAGGAGACGUCUCCUGCCGCAGGGAGGACGAGGCGCGGGACGCGCUUUCCCUGGAGCAGAUCCUGAGGCUCUACAACCAGCCCAUCAACGAGGAGCAGGCGUGGGCCGUGUGCUACCAGUGCUGCGGCUCCCUGCGGGCCCGGGCCCGCCGCCGCGACACCCCCGCCGCCAGGGCGGAGGCGGCCUCCCACGUCCGCAUCUGGAAGGACGGAGCCGUCACCCUGGAGCCGCCCAGCGGGGCUUCCCCUCCGGCAGCAGGUAAAUCAGGACGUUCACACUGCACAGAAACAGAGAUUAUUGAAUCACUGGGGAUUAUUAUUUAUAAAGCUCUGGACUAUGGCUUGAAGGAGAAUGAAGAGCGAGAACUAAGUCCUCCCUUGGAGCAGCUUAUCGAUCACAUGACCAAUACCGUGGAGGUAGAUGGGAGUAAAGAUGAAGGCUAUGAGGCUCUGGAUGAAGGCGUGGAGGAAGAUGAAGAUGAAAAAGAGGAAGUUGAGGUCAUUCACUCCUAUAAAGAUGUCAUGAAGUUGUGUGCUGCCCAUCUACCAACCCGAUCAGAGGCACCAAACCACUAUCAGGCAGUAUGUCGGGCACUAUUUGCUGAAACAAUGGAGUUGUACACAUUCCUGGCCAAAAUUAAAAGUGCAAAAGAGAAUCUGAAGAAGAUUCAGGAAAUGGACAAAGAAAGGAGUGAUGAAUCCAGCACAGACCUUGAUGAGUUGAAAAAUGCUGACUGGGCCCGCUUUUGGGUACAGGUGAUGCGAGAUUUGCGGGACGGUGUUAAACUUAAGAAGGUUCAAGAGCGUCAGUAUAACCCACUUCCAAUAGAAUAUCAGCUCACGCCCUAUGAAAUGCUAAUGGAUGACAUUAGAUCCAAACGCUAUACCUUAAGGAAGGUUAUGGUCAAUGGGGAUAUUCCACCUCGAUUAAAAAAGAGUGCUCAUGAAAAAAUCCUGGAUUUCAUCCGAUCACGGCCCCCAUUAAAUCCUGCCUCUGCAAGAAAACUGAAACCAACCCCACCACGGCCACGCAGCCUCCAUGAAAGGAUACUGGAGGAAAUCAAGGCAGAAAGAAAGCUGCGCCCUGUCUCACCAGAUGAGAUCAGGCGUAGCAGGCUAGAUGUAUCCACACCAGAGGCCUCAGGAAAAUUAGCAGACAGCUCUGUAGUAAAUGGUGGCUUGACACCACAAGCAAAGGUGAAUGGCAUCAGCACUACCCAAGUGACAAUGCAGCGAAAAAGACUCCUUAAAGCCCCUACGUUGGCUGAACUGGAUAGCUCGGAUUCAGAGGAGGAGUCUAUGCACAAAUCAGCAAGCAGCAGCAGUGUCUCUCCUUCCCAAAUGGAAGACUCCUUUCAAGAGACCACCUCUGGUAGAAAGAUGCCUCCGAAGUUUUUGCCAAUAUCAUCCACUCCACAGCCAGAGAGGCGUCAACCACCGCAGAGACGACACUCCAUUGAAAAAGAAACACCGACUAACGUGAGACAGUUCCUACCACCUUCAAAACAGAGCUCCAGAUCACUUGUUCCUAGGAUAACCAGUUUUCUUCCAAGGACGACUUUCAGACCAUUUUUUUCAACCAUACAAACAGCUUCUCUGUUCAGCUCUCAUCCCUUUGAAGCAGCCCUGGUUGGAGUGGCAAGGGCUAUGUAUUAUCUGUGUGACAAAGCUUUUACCAGCAGGUGGAAACCCCCAAAGGAGGAAUUUUGUUACCCAGUGGAAUGUCUGGCUCUGACAGUGGAGGAAGUCAUGCACAUUCGUCAGGUGCUGGUGAAAGCAGAGCUGGAAAAGUACCAGCAGUAUAAAGAUGUCUACACUGCCCUCAAAAAAGGAAAGCUCUGUUUCUGUUGUCGAACAAGGAGGUUUUCUUUCUUCACCUGGUCCUACACCUGUCAGUUUUGUAAGAGGCCUGUAUGUUCACAGUGUUGCAAAAAGAUGCGGUUGCCAUCAAAGCCAUACUCCACCCUUCCUAUCUUCUCUCUGGGACCUUCUGCUUUGCAGAAAGGAGACAGUUUUAUGAGACCAGAAAAACCCUCCACCAGUCACCACCGGCCGCUUAGGAGCAUGUCUAGGUUGUCCACAAAGUCAAAGUCAGUAGAUAAAUCAAAUGAAGAUCUACAGUUUCCCAAAGAGUUAAUGGAGGACUGGAGCACCAUGGAGGUGUGUGUGGACUGCAAAAAGUUUAUUUCAGAAAUCAUCAGCUCAAGCCGGCGCAGCCUCUCUCUGGCCAACAAACGAGCCAGGUUAAAAAGGAAAACACAGUCGUUCUACAUGGCAUCACCAGGCACCUCUGAAUACUGCCCAUCUGAGAGAACUAUCAAUGAGAUCUGAGUCUUGUGCCUUUUUCUUUGCUUUUGUCUUCAUGAGGUCAGCAUCCGUGAGAAAGAUCACUGAAACUGUCCUUCCCUUCGUUUUACUUUAUGAGCUUGAAUUUGCAUUAGAUCACAGGGUUUGCUACUCUACGGUUUCCACAGACUCUACAUUCAUCUCUCUAGAUAAUGAUAUGUAAUAGGUCAGCCAAUAACUCAUUUGCACUGGAAGGAAACAA